AUGAGUAGCGAUUUACUUAUUCAAUAAUCUCAAGUUUUCUACUUGUUAAGAGAAGGACUAUGGAAAUCAACAUAGGUGUUGUGUCAUAAGUUUUAUCAAAGAACUCAAGAUCCAUUCUUUCAAUUUUGGAGGGCGUUCUGCUAUUUCAAAAGUGGAAGUUUGAAUGAAGCAAUAAAUGAAUUAACACUUAUUAGAAAUAAAAGAGAAUUUUAGUUUGCAACUUCAGCAGCACUUAUCUACUACUCAUAGCAACAACGUGGAGUUGAUAGGGUAUAAGUGAGAGUUUAAUUUUAUAGGAAAUCAUUGAAACUUGCAGACAGAUGUAGACAGAAGGUCGAAAGACUCCGAAUGAUCGAGCAUUUCAGAGUGCCAUUUAUUUCUAUUUAUUUUGUUGAUGAAGGUAGAAAGGCAAAGGAAAUUUUGGAAUUAUUAUCAGAAGGUCAGCCAAUAAGUCAGAUCACUCUCGGGUGGUAUAAAUUAUUACAAAAGGAAGAGGAAAUAAGCCCAGAUAAAAUCCUCGAUUACUUUUAGAGUUUUGGGCAAUUCAAUUAAAAGCCUAUUGAAUAUUUGUUAGGUCUGGCAAAGGCUUCGGAAAUAAAUAAGAAGUAUCCAAUCACCUUAGAUGCUUUGAAUGAAUUGAUGAUCGUUUGGAGAGAUUUUCCAUUCACAGAUGUAGAGAAGUUGCGAUUCUGUAUAUUUAUUUAAGAUUGGGAAUAAUUUUAGGAUCUAGCUAAUAAACUACUCUAUGAUGAUCCAACCAACAUAUUUGGAUUGAAAGCUAUAGCCUUUUAUAAUUUGGCAAGGAAAGGUGAUGUAAGAGAAUCAUUAGAGAAAAUUGAAGAAUUAUUUAAUGCCAUCUAAAAACAAGAGGAAGAUAAUGUCUCAUUAAUUUUGAAUUGUUGCUAAUUGCUAUCCAGAGUUUCAGGGAGAAAUCAAUAAAUUCUCUAAUUGACAAUGAGUUAAAUCUAAAAGACUCGAAAAAUUGCCCCAUUAUUAGGAGAUUUGUGUUUAGAACUAGCUUAGGAAACUUUGAUGUUGGAAGAAUAUGACAAGGCUUAUGGUUUUUUCUAAGAAGCAGCUGCUUUAGAUGAAGGUAGAAUGGAAUCAUUAGCAGGAAUGAUUUAAUGCAAAAUAUUAUAGGGAGUCAUUGAUGAUGCAGAAAAAUAAUUGGAAUUUGUUUAGGAAGUCUAAGUAUCUGUUGGCAGAACCACAGAAAUUGCAUUUUUAUAGGCCCUAUUAGAAAGCAAGAAGUCAGAAGGCACUGAUUCUCCUAUUGCCUAGCAAUUUAUUGAAGAAACCCUUAAACUUCAUUUAAUCUAGAGUAAAUUAUUGCUACCUGGAUAUGAGUUUUAUAUUAAGUUUAAUCCAGAUUUUACAUUUACUAUAGCUUAGAUGUAUCUAAGAAAUUUAUCCACUAAUUUAAUGUUAGCAGGUAAGGAAUUGCCCACUUCAGGUAUUGGAAAAGGAACCAAAUUAUUAGAAAGUAUUGCCAGAUAAGCUCCUGGAUUAACUAAUGUUUAGUUAUUAUUAUCUACUGGUAAAAUGGCAUUAGGAGAUCCAUAGGAAGCAUUAAAAACUAUUAAUAGAGUGUUAGAAUUAGAUCCUAAGAAUGAAGAUGGAUACAUUUUACAUGCGUUGAUUUCUAUUAAAACUAAAUAGAUCAACUUAGCAGCAAACUCUUUAAAUUAAGCCAUAUCUAAUAAUUUUGCGAUUAGAGAAAACCCCUUAUUUAUGUUAGUUAAAGGAGAGGUUGAGUAUAGAACUGAAGAUUACAAGAAUGCCCAAAUUACACUGGAAGCAGCUUAUGAAUUAGUUGCAGGAAAAUAUAAGAAUAAAAAUAAAGUGAAAUCAAAAAUUGUGUAAUUUACUGAAAAGGAUAAAUGCCAAGUUUUUGUAUUGUUAGCUAAGGUGUACGCAAUUAAUAAGAAAGAAACAGAAGCCAAAAAGAUCAUGUAAAAGGCUAUCUAGGAAUAUGCAGGCAGUCCUCAUGAAAGCACAAUUAUGAUGGCUAACAGUGAAAUAGCAAUAGAGAGUGGAGACAUAAAGAAGGCUAUUAAUAUUCUUAAGGCUGUUUAAGGUGGAUAACCAAAUUUUGUUAAUUCAAGAAUAAUUUUAGCCGAUGUCUACUUAAAGUAUUUGAAGGAUCGAAGAAAUUAUACAAGGUGUUAUGCUGAAAUCAUUGAGGCAGAACCUACAGCAGAAAAUUAUAAACUAAUUGGAGAGGCAUUUAUGAAAAUUAAUGAACCUCAAGAGGCUGUUUUAAGUUAUUAAAAGGCUGCUGAAUUGAAUCCUGAAGAUGAAGAAAUUACAAGAAUUAUUGGUAAUGCACUUACAAUGACAUAUGAUUAUCAGAAAGCAGUUAAUUAUUAUGAGGCAGCUUUGUAGAAGACUCCAGGAAGAUAAGAUUUAUUAGUUGAUUUAGGUAGAUUAUAUUUGAGAAUGAAUAAUAUCAAAAAAGCAGAAUAAGUAUUAGUUUGGGAGAAGUUUGUAAGUGAUGAUUAUGCAGCACCAACAUUGACAACUUUGAGAGCAAAUGCUUAAGGUUUUCUUUUGAUUGCAAGAAUGGUUACUAAAUUACAAUAAGCUACUUUUAAUUAAGCACAAAAUGCUGAAAAAGAGAAGAUCUAAUAGUAAUUGAUGGCUGAAUCUCAAAAAUUAAUAGAAAAAAUAAGAAAGGCAUUUGAAUUUGCAGUCUAAACAUAAAAAGAUGUUAUUGAAAAAAGUAAAUAAGAGGCUGCUAAUGUAAAUAAGGAAAAGGAACAAUUGGGAUUAAUAUUUUUAGAGUAAGCCAGGUACUUCUUUUAUAAUGAGAGAAAUUACAAGGCAACUUUAGAUUGUAUAGAUGAUGGUGUUAAAUUCAUACCUACAAAUGAAAGUUUGAUUUAGUUAUAAGCUGAAACAUUCUAUUAAAGUGGUGACAAGAUUUCUUGCGAAUAAAAAUUAAAGAUAUUAUAAAAAUUGAAUCCUAAAAAUGAUUAUGCUUCCAUGAUGUUAUCAGAAUUAGUAUUACAAUAGGAUGAUAGUGAAAAAUCAAUUUAACAAUUUGUUCAAACCUUACAAGAGAAACCAAAUUCUUUUGGAACCUUAUCCAAAGUAAUAGAUUGGUAUAGAAAAUAAAACAGAUUGGAUGAAGUCUAAACCAUAAUUGAUAAUUGUGCUAAGGCUACAUAAAACUAAAAUGAACCAGGAUUAUGUUUUUGCAGAGGCUUGUAUUAUAAAUAUAAAAAUUUACCUAAAGAGGCUUUGAUAUAAUUUAAUUACGCAAAGAAACAUUAAUAAUAUGCUGAAGACAGUUUGACCUAUAUGAUUGAUUUGUAUUUGAAUCCUGAUUAAGAUCUUUAUUAUUCAAUAACAGAUGAAUAACCAAAACCAGUAGCAGUAGAGAAUCUAAAGGCUUGUGAUUAAUUACUUAAGGAACUGUAAAAUAGAGGAAGUAUGUCAAGAUAUCUAGUUAUGUAUUCAAAAAUCUAUUGA